UCAAAAGUAGUCAAAGCAGAACGGGUUGUGCCACGAAUUUAGUGAAUAUAGUACGGAUAUCAUUCGUUAAAACCUCGUUGCAAUGUAUGUGGCUGUAUUCCUUGUCUGUGUCGGUUAUCUUGUUCUGGGAUGUGAUGGGGGAACAUUAUUCAACCCGAUAACUGUUGAGAUGUUAAAUGGAGAGAUGUCAUUUUAUUGCACAUAUAAAGGAUUAAAAGUGCUUCCAGGAAAGUCAUUCACAGACUACCACGCGUGCCUUAAAUGUGCAUGUGACGGGAAUGGCCUCGCAUGCAAUACUAUGGGUUUUCGGGUCGCAGUUCCGGAAGAUUCUGAGUGUGACAAUGUGCUGAUUGGCUGCAAGAACAGAUGGGUGCUGAAGAGUGAUAAUACUAAAAAAUGUCCAAAGAAAAAGAUCCCGCAAAACAUUUCCGCCGUUGGAAAAUAAUCGAACUGUCAGUCUGAGAUUGUUUAUGAAAAAUUACAAUAAAGUAUACUG